AUCGUGCCGGGAGCGCGCUUUUAUUGCAAGUCAGGACGAUGCGGUUUGUCUCUGCGCAUCCUCUCCGGGCUCUCUCUCUCCGCAAACCGGGCAGCACCCUCCGAGUCUCCCCCCGCCGCUGAGGAACACACACAUCAGUCCAACCGUGUGCUCGACUGUCGGUGCCGCCGCUGCAGAGGGAGACCCGCACACCGACGUCUGAGCUCCGCACCGGGACGCAGCGCUGCGGUUGAUCCGGUUUGGCCAUGGCGCAGCCGAAGAAUCCCGGAGAUAUUCGGCUCGGAUGAAGGACGCGUUGCGCAUCGGACGUCCCUAAACUUUCCUGCGUGGAUAAAACCAGGAAACCCCGACGUCUCACCCCCCCAGGAACCGGGUCGGUUGCCAAUAAUGGUUUGACUCCCUGUUUUAGUCCAUUCUGAACUCUCACUUGGCCCGGGACGCAGGGACACUCAUCAAGGCCGCACUGGUGAUCCCCGAACCUCACUUUGGGCACCACCCUUGCUUACAAUAGACUGCUCCAUCGCCUGUCUCCCAGCCUGCUGUGCGCGCCCUCCCCGCAGUAUUUGGUGUGAACAGUGCCAGCGGCAGACAUGAUGGAUGCGUCGGAGUGCGGGGUGAGAGUGAUGUGUCGCUUCAGGCCGCUGAACGAGGCCGAAAUCAACCGAGGAGACAAAUACAUCCCCAAAUUCAAAGACGACGACACCGUGGUCAUAACGAAUAAACCCUACGCGUUCGACCGCGUGCUGCCUCCCAACACGUCACAGGAGCAAGUGUACGACCAGUGUGCCAAACAGAUAGUGAAAGAUGUGCUGGGCGGUUACAACGGGACCAUCUUCGCCUACGGACAGACGUCCUCUGGGAAGACGCACACCAUGGAGGGCAAACUGCACGACCCCCAGCUGAUGGGGAUCAUCCCUCGCAUCUCCCACGACAUCUUUGACCACAUCUACUCCAUGGAUGAGAACCUCGAGUUUCACAUCAAGGUUUCCUAUUUCGAAAUCUACUUGGACAAGAUCAGAGACCUGCUGGACGUGUCGAAGACGAACCUCGCUGUGCACGAAGACAAAAACAGAGUGCCCUAUGUCAAGGGUUGCACUGAGCGCUUCGUGUCCAGUCCAGAGGAGGUGAUGGACGUCAUCGAUGAGGGCAAAGCCAAUCGGCACGUGGCAGUGACUAACAUGAAUGAGCACAGCUCCCGCAGCCACAGCAUCUUCCUCAUCAACAUCAAGCAGGAAAACAUAGAGACGGAGAAGAAGCUGUCGGGGAAGCUCUACCUGGUCGACCUCGCGGGCAGCGAGAAGGUCAGUAAGACGGGAGCAGAGGGAGCCGUGCUGGACGAGGCGAAGAACAUCAACAAAUCUCUGUCAGCGCUGGGAAACGUCAUCUCAGCUCUAGCCGAGGGAACGAAAACCCACGUGCCGUACAGAGACAGCAAGAUGACACGGAUCCUGCAGGACUCUGGGGGAAACUGUCGCACCACCAUCAUCAUCUGCUGCUCGCCGUCCAUCUACAACGAGGCCGAGACCAAGUCCACGCUCAUGUUCGGGCAGAGAGCCAAGACCAUCAAGAACACGGUGUCUGUGAACCUGGAGCUGACGGCCGAGGAGUGGAAGAAGAAAUACGAGAAGGAGAAAGAGAAGAACAAGAGCCUGAAAAACAUCAUCCAGAGGCUGGAGGCUGAACUCAACCGCUGGAGGAAUGGAGAGGACGUUCCUGAGGAGGAGCAGCUGAGCUCCAAAGAUCAGAAGAACGUCGAGCCGUGCGACAACACUCCCAUCAUCGACAACCUGCUGCCGGCCGGAGGAGGCGUCUCGGUCGCCGGCGACGAGAAGAGCAAAUACGAGGAGGACAUCAGCAACCUGUACAAACAGCUGGAUGACAAGGAUGAUGAGAUUAACCAACACAGUCAGCUGGCUGAGAAACUCAAGGAGCAGAUGCUGGACCAGGAAGAGCUUCUGGCGUCGACGCGGCGCGACUACGAGAAGAUCCAGGAGGAGCUGUGCCGGCUGCAGACGGAGAACGAGCUGGCCAAGGAGGAGGUGAAGGAGGUGCUGCAGGCCCUGGAGGAGCUGGCCGUCAACUACGACCAGAAGAGCCGAGAGGUGGACGAGAGAGAGCAAGAUAACCUGCAGCUGGCCGAGGAGCUGCAGCACAAGAGGGCGUUGCUGUCAGCCGUGCAGAGGGAGCUGAAUCAGCUGCAGGAGCUCAACGGCCUGCAGAGGAAGAGAGCUGGCGAGGUCCUCAACCUGCUGCUGCGAGACCUCAGCGACAUUGGUGCCAUCAUCGGCAACAGCGACGCCAAGACCGCCGCGUCCUCAGAGGCGAAGGGGAACGGCUCGGCGGUGGAGGAGGAGUUCACCGUGGCUCGCCUCUACAUCAGCAAGAUGAAGUCCGAGGUCAAAUCUCUGGUGAACCGCAGCAAGCAGCUGGAGAGCGCUCAGGCCGACGCCCACCGCAAGAUACAGGCCAAUGAGAAGGAGCUGGCGUCCUGUCAGCUGCUCAUCUCCCAGCACCAGGCCAAGAUCAAGUCUCUGACUGACUACAUGCAGAACAUGGAGCAGAAGAAGAGGCAGCUGGAGGAGAGUCAGGAUGCUCUGACCGAGGAGCUCGCCAAACUGCACGCUCAGGAGAAAAGACAUGAAGUAUCGGGGGAGGAGAAGGAGAAGGAGGACAUCGGCAGGCUGGAUGGAGACGAUGACAUCAAGAAAACGCUGGAGGAGCAGCUGGAGAGCCACAGGGAGGCCCACCAGAAGCAGCUCAGUCGCCUCCGAGACGAGAUCGAAGACAAGCAGAGGAUGCUGGACGAGCUCUCAGAUCUGAACCAGGGUCUGUUAUUGGAGCAGGAGAGACUCAUGACGGACUACGACAAACUGAAGGCUGAAGAGCAGGAGAAGGAUGCAAAGCUCCAGAAACUCAUACUGCUGAAUGAACAGAGCGAGCAGGCCAGAGAGGACCUGAAGGGCCUGGAGGAGACUGUGGCCAAAGAGCUGCAGACUCUCCACAACCUGCGCAAACUGUUCGUUCAGGACCUCACCACACGUGUCAAGAAGAGUGCAGAGCUGGACUGUGAAGAGGGACUUGGCAACGUGGCCCAGAAGCAGAAGAUCUCCUUCCUGGAGAACAACUUGGAGCAGCUCACCAAGGUCCACAAGCAGCUGGUUCGAGACAACGCAGACCUUCGCUGCGAGCUGCCGAAGCUGGAGAAGCGUCUUCGUGCCACGGCAGAGCGAGUCAAAGCCCUGGAGAACGCCCUGAAGGAGGCCAAGGAGAACGCCAUGAGGGACCGCAAGCGCUACCAGCAGGAGGUGGACCGCAUCAAGGAGGCCGUCCGGGCCAAGAACAUGGCCAGGAGGGGUUACUCUGCACAGAUUGCAAAGCCAAUCCGGCCAGGCCAUCAUCCACUGUCAUCCCCCAUCAGCACCUCCAUCAGGGCCGGAGGCAUCUACACCCACAACUAAAACCACAACUGCAACUUAACUAUUGACCAUAAACAACUCGACGCAUGCCCACCGCCCCACCUGGAACCACAAGCCCCGCCCCUCCUGUUGGAGCACCAAUAGGAGGCCAUCACGACAGACUGUCACCACCAUCCAAUCAUCCAUACUGUGUAUAUACCGAUAAGAGAUACAACAUAUUUAAUUUGCUGAACAUCAGUGGCCUCAUUUAGGAAAUGUUUUUGCUUUACUUCUUAAAAACUGACCAAUCAAAAUUAUUAUAGAUUUUUCAUUUAUGCAACAGAAUAAAUAAAGCGUAACAUUUAUAAAUGAGGCCCUGAGUUUCUUUGUGAAGGAUUAAAUUGAAAGUGUGAGUCACCUAGACAAAGCUUGAAGCGUCAGGAAGGGAAGGAAAGGCCUGUAGAUUUAUAAUUUCAUCUUAAACCAGCAUUCAUGCAUUUAAAUGAGUAGUUUAAAGAAUGAGAAGACUGAUACCACUUUCAUCUUUGUCCAUUCAGUAAGAAGCUACAACCAGCAGCUCUUCUGCUGGCUUCUAGCUUCAUAUUUAAUGUACAGACAUGAGAGUGGUGUCAAUCUUCUUGUCAAUCUUUAAAGAUGUCAUGUUUUUGGGGGGUUGAGGGGGGUUGGGGAUUAACAGCCAGUGCCAUUGCAGCUAACACCUUUUGAGUUUCUCACCUUGAAAACUGACCUUAAAGUUGAAGCUCGAGUUACAGGCAAAAACACACUUGCAGCGAAAACAUACUGACACACAGCUUGUUAAAUUGCCGAGUGUUUGUUCCCUCGCUGAAAAGCCCCCUGGUUGCAUUUCUGUACUAAAACCUUGUUGUUGUCUUUGAAGUUACUGUCACCUCUUUUGUCUCCCUACAGGUGACAAUCACAAAAAAAAAACACUUCUAAAAGUGUGUCCCAGGUUAUAGCUGAAUAUUCUGAGUUGUAGGAUUCUGCUGUUGAGUCGAAAGGAUUGGUGUAUCGUACUGUAGUCCUGAAGAGACACUGACCAGCCAAUCAGGCGUUCCCCGGGACUCAGUACAGUACUACAGUCUGGUUUGUUAUAACAGCAGGAAGAGGAAGAUCUCCGUAAGGCUCCUGAUCAGCCAGUCAGAGACCUUUUUAAAACAUGGAGAUAAACACCAAAAAUAAUUAUUAAUUUAAUCCCGAACAAUCCUUAAAAAGUCUGUUUUUCACUCUGCCACACCUUGUGCCUUUAGAAACACCUGAAUCACCAGAAUAACAGACUUCCACUGAAUUACCUUAGUUCAGCAUCUUCAGAUUUAUGAGAGUAACUUCACCUCUUUUAAAAAAAUUAAAGCAAAAGAUUGUAAUCGAUGAGACCCCUUUACCCUCGAUAUAUAUUUAAACGUCUGCUGCUUUCCUUCGUGCUGCCAGUUUAGCAUGUUUUUGAAUGCACACUAUUCCAAGUCCAUAUGGUCAGGUGAUACUUUUGUGGCACAGAGCGAUGAUACAAAGGGCAACUUUUUAGGCAACAGAGCGUCAGCAUUGUUGCUUUCAUUGCCCUGGAUGUUGCCAAUGAAUAUCACAACUCUAAACUCCAUUAUCAGCUUCGUUAUUUGACGUUUGUGGCUGUUUUGAGUGAGCGGGACGGCUGCAGUCGCACUGUACAUGACCAAUAAAUGAAUGUAACUGCAUGGACUAGAGCUUGUGUUAAAGGCAUGCUCAGGGAGGACAAACUGAGGAUAUUUGUAUACACGGUGCAUUCAUCAUGAUGUACAUUUUGAGUUUGCAAAAUGUUUUUUAGUUCCCUUGUUUCUUUUGGCUGUGGAAUCAUAUCUCUGAAUAUACCUACUACUGAUGCAAUUAAAGCUAAUAAAGAUAUUUAACUUUCA